AAUUGGCCUUACUCACGAACGACAACUCCAUAAUGUCAGCGACAUCUGCAGUAAAUGGCGUUCAGAAAGUGACAACUAUCAACAAUGAUUUCUAACCUCAUACUGCAAUCGAAACACGGACGACCGUGUGAAAUUAUAUAUAAUGGUAUUUUAAUUCGACUGUAUGUAAAUUGUAAUUGAAACACUUCGUCUGGGAGGUAAAAACAUUGUAGGUUUGCUUGGACUUAUUCAAAACAAACAUGGCCGACAUCGAAAAUAAUGGAAUGAUGGAAGUUGCGUCCCAUGGCGAGAUAAAUGUAAACAAUGGAGAAAAGUCUGAAAUUUCAGGUCCUAUUGCAAACCCGGGGCAGAUGGGAGUUGGUGAUGAUGACGAUGUGUUAGGUCAGGUCCUUAACUCUCAAGACGCAAAUUUUCAUGACUCAGUUCAGUUAGUUUACUCGAAUAUGGAAGAUGAAAAUGAGACCCUGCAUAAUCAUGAGAAUGGAGUUAUGCUACACCAGGCAACAAACCAUGUGUCAUUUAUUACAAACAAUGAUGAGCAUGGGCAAGACAAUUGUCAGUUGACACAUGACUUUGUAACGGGCAAUGGAGUGACUGUUUAUUGAUAACUCGGAUGAGAUUAAUCAAGAUAAUACUAGUGACACUACCCAAGUGCAGUAUAGCACCAUUAAUGAAGAUCAACAAAUAAAUGCUAACUCUAUAAGCGAGGAGCAAUUAACACAACAUCAGAGCCAACAAAUGUUUAAUGGAGGCACACCUGUCACAAAUAUUAUUCCGCAAUCUGUAAUAGUAAGGCGGCCUAUUCAACAGAUUGUUUCGGCUCCGUUAGGUUCAAGUCAGAACCCUAUCCGUAUAAUCCAACAAGGGAACCAGUACACACCUGUGCAGCAGCUUACUCCAGAGCAAUUGCAACAAAUUAUGCAUGUAGUGCAACAACAGCAAGCAACCAAAAACCCAGGCUCAAGUAUAAUAUUUAAUCCACAAACAAACACCAAAAUAGUGUAUCGUGUCAUUUAUCCAUCACAGCUACACAAAGAUGCAGAAAAAUUAGAUGGAAAGGAAAGUAAUUUGACACCAAAACGUGUGUAUAAAAAGAGAAUGAAAGAUGAAGAGGAAAAGAUAGAUGGACCUGAAUUGAGUAAAGAAGAAAAAGAAAUGAGAAAGAAAAUGAGGCCCAAAACAAGAUCUGGGAGGGUAUCAAAACCACCAAAACACAUGGUUUCAGACUAUAAGCACAUUCAUGUGUUGGACUAUGAUGAAGAUUAUGAUGAUAGCGAUGGUGGAUAUUCAGACUUCAAGCUUAGCGAUAAUGAUGAAGAUGGUGAAGAGAAUAUCAGGAAAACGGAGGACGAGAACUAUGUUUCUUAUGGAUUAGACAGCAAUAAACCAAAAAACUGGAAGUGUAUUACCUGUGGAAAGGCUUACAUUGGUAAAGCUGGCCUUGGUCGUCACUUGAGGAUCAACCCGUCGCAUGGUAGUUUGGAUCCAGAUGCUGCAGAAAUGGAACCUCCGGAUCCCAAUGUUACCCCUCCAGACGACAGUCUUCCUAACACUCCGGCUACGCCAAAUGGAGCAGCCAGUGCAGCUAACAGUACGGGCAGCUUCUCUGAGGACAGUCGGGAUUCCUCCAUAAGUCAUGGCUACAAUCCAACCCCUCAGCCUCGGGGUAGAGGGCGUGGUCGGGGCAGACGUGGCUGGAGAGGACGUGGCUUGUACAGGGGCUUGGACCCGGAAUCACGAAGACAAGCUAGACUGAAAGAGGUGAUGAAUGAUUGUACAGACGAGGAGCUGAUGGAGAUCGUGCUGCCCCGCCUAGCCAAGGUGAUAACGCUGUGGGAGUUCCUGCUCAUGAAGGUGGAGAGGGGUGGCCCCGCCCCUGGGGCCUGUGUGGACGAUAUCUACCGGGAGUACGAGGGGCUACACACGCAUGUUCGCAGGAUGUGCCAGCAGUACCUGGAGCAUGUGGGACCCAGUGUGGCAGAGCCCGCUCAAGCUGGGUCAGAGUCACAGCCACUGCUGCAGGUUGAGAACCCAGUGGUAGCGCAGGCCUUGGGUCUGAGCCUUGGAGCCCACAGGGUGAGCCCCAUCCAGGAGUCAGAGGUACAGCACAAGUACAAGUUCCUCACCACCAAAGCCAGUUUCACGAACAAGUCUACCAAGCGGACAGUUGAGGUAGUCACGCCGGAGGAAAUGAUCUCACCGACUAAGAAACCCAAGCUCACAUCUCCAGCAGGAAGGGUCGCUUAUUCUCCUCAGACUAGCAAGCAGUCUAUAGGGAAUGUUUCUGAAACAAAAGCAAAUAACUGUGAUGUAUUGACUACCCAAGUGAAACAGUUGACACCGACAGUUCUGGUAGACCAGUCUGGACAUGCAGUGAAAAGCAAUAUUAGAGUGGCUGGAUCAACAAAGACCGUGUCAUUGCUUACAUCAAACUCAUUAUCAUCUCACACUGCAUCUCGCGCCAUCUCUAUGCCUUCCAUUACCUCACCGCAGCAUCCGAUACCAUUGAACAAUUCUUCUCAGAAGAUCAUCAUCGUCUCAGGGAUGAACCAGGCUCUACCGGGUUCAACCACAAGUGCUUCUUCUAAACAUGUCCAGCAGACUCUGCCGCCAAGCAAUUCAGUGCAGUUGCCAGUGAUGUCCCCUUGCCACUCUGGUGCCCAGAUUAUCACGUUCACUAACGGACAGGCUAUAAACUCUCAUAAUGGGAUUCUGCUCCAGAAUGGAAGUGGAUCUGGCGCAAUAAGUAUUCCAACAAUGCCUUCAACUGGGAAUAAUAUCUUGCAGGCCUCAAACCAUGCAAUGAUGAAUUCCAUAUCCCAGCAACCACUGGUUAUAAAAGUGCCAGUACAGUCAGUAAAUAGUGGUGGGCAGGUUUUACAACCGAAAUUAGUGCUUAACGAAAUGAACCUUUUGAAUUCCAUACCUCAGAGUGCGAGACUUGAACCACGGCAUUUGCAUCAGCAAAAUGUUCAGCAGGUGUUCACCAUUGACAAUUCUCAGCCACAGUUUACAUUUACCAGCAGUGAUGGUGAUACUACUCAAAAUAUAGUGUACACAUUUGCAAAUGGUAGCGUAGGAGCAUCUUCAGAUAACAUAGUGCUGAUGCAUCCUGAUUCUGUGUACUUCAGUAAGGAUGCAACUGAAAUUAAACAAGAGCAGAAUGAUUCAUUCGAAGACAUCAUCUCUGAAGAAACUGAUGAAAACAAUCCUCAAGAGCAGCUUAUUAGUGAAACCAGUGUGUUUGGAGGGAGCAAUGAUAUGAAUAAACCUGACAACACAACUGAAUCCAACGCUGUGCUCGGUAGCUCAGAAAGUGAACAGUUUCUGAUGAUUCCGCAUGGAGAUAUACGAGAAUCUUCCGACUUUCGAUCUGAUCAGCACGAAAAUUCAUCAUCGUUCAAUAACAUUGAGGCGUUAAAUGGAAACAACUGUAUUGUGGAGGAGUCGACAGAAGGGGGUCUUGAAUUUGAUAUGGAGACUGUAGAUGAUCAGGAAGAAACUCUGCAGAUCCCCACAAGCAGCAUUUAUCAGGCUGAAGACGGGACAAUCUUUAUCCAGAAUGCCGACGGGACUACACUACAGGUCCAGGGUACUGAUGGCCAGCCUGUCUCUCUUGAGACUGUGCAAGCAGCUCUAGGCAUGGACUUUGACACACAAAUCAUCACCACUCAGUGAGCGUUAAGCCUUUUCUUGAGUUAUAGCACCAGGAAGUAUCAACCUGACACCUGAUUUUAAUUUAUUCAUAUCAUAAAAUGACAUUAAAAACUGAUGAUGAAUAUUAUAUAUUUUUCUGUACUUAAAUCAAGUAAAAAUAAGAUAAAAGAAUAACUCACUGAAAUACUGUUGAAAUGUUUUAAAACUCAUGCUCAAGCAAAACAUUAGUAUCAUGUACAAUAUUGCAUUCAAAUGAGGAAGCAUUUCAUUGUGUAAGUUAUACUUGUACAAUUAAGAGUAAACAUUAGUAACUUCUUGAAAUAAUUACGUGUUUCUUCUGGUUUCAAAAGGGUUUCCUUGUAAAAUGAAAAAGGCUAUUGUUUGAUAAACUAAGCAUUUUAUUGGUAAGUUUAUCUGCUCCUUCAGUUGUCAGCUGAUAAUAUGUGUUAUAUGUUUUAUUUGGGAAUCCAUACCAUCUAAUUAUAAGUAAACUAGAGUUGAAAAGUGAGAUGUCCAUGAAAAAUGUGUUUUGUUCUCAUCUAAGCAUUGUAUGCAGUUAUUUAUACUAUUAUAAAUAUCAUCUAUAAACUACAUUUACCUGUAUAUUUAUUUUUGUAUAUAACCUGAUAUUUAUAGUCAACUAAGAACAGUACAAGUUUUAUAAUCAUACUUUUUCACCUGAAAUGUUUGAGAAAUCACUUUCUUUUGUGCAACUGCCAUUCUUUGAUAUAAACCAUAUGACCCACAUAAUGGGAAAAUGGGUUGUCUGCCUUAUGCAGCCAACUAAGCUCCAGACCAGCCUGCGCAAUCGUGCAUCUGGUCAGGAGCCAUGCUGGCCAAUUUAGUCUAGCAAGGCUUCCUGGUCUCAUUAGCGGACAUGGUAGUUUUUUUAUCAUACGAGGCAGAUGCGCAGGCUAGUCAGUAGCUAAGCUGGCCACUUGUGGCAUAAGACCCAUUUUCGCAUAAAAAGGUUAUUGUGUAUUCUAUUAAAGUCAUCUUUAUAUAAUGCAUAUCCCAAGAUGGAAUAAGGGUGAGAUCUAUGACGUUAUUAAAGAGAUAGUUGAUUUAUGAUGCCUCAGAUUUACUUGUCACGAAUUUCUCGCUGGCUCUAAGAUUCCUUCAGGGACCAACAUUUCAUGACAAUAUGCCAGUAUAAUAAUAUUAAUUUAUGUCUUUUCUGAUGUUUUGAGGUGUUUUCAUGGCCCCAGUUUUGUGUUUCACAAAUUAAGAAGUUGUAAACAUACCUGAGAGUUGGACCCUGGUAACUAAAAAAUGUUUUGUUUAUUAAUUCUGGACAAUAAGUUUCAAAGAUGUUAACUGUAAUCAUUUAUAAUCGAUAGUUCAUGAUACUAAGGUUUACAUUGAAAGUAUGAUGUGCAUAACACUUGAAAUUUCAACAAAAUCAUUGACUGGUAUUUUGAAGUUAAGAGAUCUGUUAUAAUUAUAGAAUUUGUUUUAAAUACAUGUCAUUUUGAAUAUGUAUUGUUUUUUAAACAACAUUUUAUUGACAUAAUUAUGACUGAAUGCAAUAAAAAUGAAAAGUAA